AUGCAGAUAAUUAGUUCGUGGUCGUCGGAACCUCCUACAUCGAACUUGAUGUCUGUUCAUAUCUGUCUAUCUAUCUUAGCCUGUUCAUAUCUUUCUAUUUAUCUACCUGCAUCAGACUGUUCAUAUCUAUCUAUCAAUUUAAGCCUGUUCAUAUCAUUCUAUCUAUCUCAGACUGUUAAUAUCUCUCUAUCGCUCUCUGCCACUUCAUAUCUAUCUAUCCAUCUAUCUCAACCUCCUCUUCAUAUGUUACUAUCUAUCUUAGCCUAUUCUUAUCUUUCUAUCUAUUUAUCUCUCUCAUACAAUUCAUAUCUAUCUAUCUAUCUAUUUAAGCCUGUUCAUAUCGUUCUGUCUCUCUCAGCCUAUUCAUAUCUAUCUCUGACUGUUAAUAUCUCUCUAUCCAUCUCUGCCUCUUCAUAUCUUUCUAUCCAUCUACCUCAGCCUGUACAUACCUUUCCUUCACUCUCAGCCUGUUCAUAUCCAUGUAUCUAUCUCAUCUUGUUCAUAUCUAUCUAUUUAUCUAUCUCAGACUCCUCUUCAUAUGUUACUAUCUAUCUUAGCCUGUUCAUAUCUAUCUAUCAAUUUAAGCCUGUUCAUAUCUUUCCUUCUCUCUCAGUCUGUUCAUAUCUGCCUAUCUCAGCCUAUUCAUAUCUUACAAUCUAUCUAUCUAUCUCAUUCUGUUCAUAUCUAUCUAUUGCAGCCUGUUCAUACCUUACUAUUUAUCUAUCUGUCUCAAACUGUUCAUAUCUAUCUAUCAAUUUAAGCCUUCUCUUCAUAUCUGCCUAUCUAUCUCAGCCUGUUCAUAUCUAUCUAUCUAUCUAUCUUUCUAUCAAUUUAAGCCUGUUCAUAUUUUUCUAUCCAUCUCUCUCAGCCUGUUCAUAUCUUUCCUUCUCUCUCAGCCUUCUGUUCAUAUCUCUCUAUCCCUCUCUGUUCAUAUCUAUCUAUCUAUCUAUCUAUCUAUCUAUCUCAGCCUGUUCAUAUCUUGCUAUCUCUCUCAGCCUGUUCAUAUUCAUGUAUCUAUCUCAGCCUGUUCAUAUCUUUAUAUCUAUUCAUCUAUCUAUCUCACCCUGUUCAUAUCUAUCUAUUGCAGCCUCCUGUUCAUAUCUUGCUAUCUAUUUAUCUACCUGCAUCAGACUGUUCAUAUCUAUCUAUCAAUUUAAGCCUGUUCAUAUCGUUCUAUCUCUCUCAGCAUGUUCAUAUCUAUCUAUCUAUCUAUCUAUCUAUCUAUCUAUCACAGCCUGUUCAUAUCUAUCUCUGCCUCUUCAUAUCUUUCCAUCCAUCUACCUCAGCCUGUACAUACUUUUCCUUCUCUCUCUGCCUGUUCAUAUCUAUCUCCGACUCCUGUUCAUAUCCUUCUAUCUAUCUAUUCGUCACUCUUCAGCCUCUUCAUAUCCAAUUAUUUCAAUCUGUUCAUAUCUAUCUAUCUAUCUAUCUAUCUAUCUAUCUCAUUCUGUUCAUAUCUAUCUAUUGCAGUCUGUUCCUACCUUACUAUUUAUCUACCAGUCUCAAACUGUUCAUAUCUAUCUAUCAAUUUAA